AUGAGCGUUUUCAGAGGUGACGAUAAAAUAAAUAUUUUUAAUUGUUUACAUGAGUUUGAAGAGAUGGCCGAACCUUGUAAUUGGACUGAUAUUCAAAAAAUCAUAUAUGCCAAAAGACUAUUACGUGGUUCAGCAGAAAAGUUUGUGAAUUAUGGACAGUAAAAGUUGGAGUGAAAUGAAGAAAGCAUUGGCACGUGAAUUUCCAACGGUAAAUGCGCAUAAAAUACAUAAAGAUUAG